ACUAAGCAGUCAUACUUAACACAUUAAUGCAUACAAACGUAUACUAUAUGCAGUCGUAUUGUUGUAUAUUUCAGUCAUUGUACAAUUUUAUUGGUGUAUACAUUUUGUCACAUACAACAUUUGAUAAUGGAAUACUUUUUAUGGAUAAUUAGAAAUGGAUUUAUUACGGUGUGGUUAUCAUUCUGUUUUAUCGUGUCGAUAAUAACCAUCAUUGUUUAUUUCACUAUCGAUGAGCCUAAAUAUUCUAAACCCCAAAUUAUAAAAUCAAGAUCACUUAAAUUUGAAACAUUAUUGAACGAUAACCUACUUGAUUUCGAAGCAACAUGGAUUUCAGAUGAAGAUAUAAUGACACGGGAUGAAAACGGAAAUAUUAUUUUAUUGGAUGUUAAUAAAUCGAUUAAAUCAGUUUUAGCAUUCAAUUCAAUGCAGCAUAUGAAACUCUGUCACAAAUAUGCACUUUCAGCUGACAAAAAAUACUUAUUAAUAGCUUAUAAUCUCAAUAAGACUUAUAGUUAUUUAUCGACAGCAACCUAUGACGUAAUCAACAUUAAAUCUGGGAAACAAGUAACACUUAGAGAUACAAAACAUAAUCCAAGAGAAAUAAUGAUCGCCAAAUGGUCCCCUACUGAUUCAAGUCUCGUCAUUGUUGACAACUACAAUAUAUAUUAUGUACCCACAGUUGCAAAACCAAACCAUGUUAAACAAAUAACUUUCCAUGGAUCUCAAGAUUUGUAUAACGGUAUCCCUGAUUGGGUGUACACAGAAGAAAUCUUUGAAUCGAAUUCUGCAAUGUGGUUUUCUAAUCGGGGAAAAAAUUUAGCCUACGCGACUUUUAAUGAAAAAUUGGUACCAACGGUAUAUUUACCAACAUAUGGCAUACCAGAUACUAUGUAUGACCAAUACAGCAAAAUUCUUAGUUAUCAUUAUCCAAAAGUUAAUGACCCCAAUCCAAUCGUUGAAUUAUUCGUGCAAAUUCUAAAUAUAACAAACGACGAACCCACGCCUAUACCGAUAAAACCAGUAAAACAAUAUACUAAUGAGACAAUACUAUAUACAGUUGGAUGGUCGGGCGAUGAACAUUUGUUUGUAAUGUGGAUGAAUAGAAUUCAAAAUGAAUCUCAUCUCGUACAUUACCAUAUUUCUAAUAAUACGGCUGAAGUUAAGGAAAUGAUGGAAUUUCAACAAAAAAACGGUUGGCUCAAUUUUCGACAGUCACUCUUGAUUAAUCCCGAAAACCAGAUUGCGUUAUUGUAUCCAACAGAACAAGACGACGGUGAUAUGUACAGACAUGUUUGCGUGAUAUCGAGUGGCAAAAUAAUGCCAAUAACCAUUGGCAAAUUUGAAGUCGACCAACUCAUAAAAUGGGACUUUGAAUUGAAUUAUAUAUAUUAUUUAGCCAACAUAGAGCAUAGUUCCGAAGUACAGCAUUUGUUCAGAGUGCAUAUAGAUUUGAAACAACAGCCGGCCAAACCAGAAUGUUUGACUUGUAACACGGAAUGCACUUUCAGCAGCGCACUGCUCAGUGAAAAAAAUACUUAUUACGCACACAUAUGUACGGGGCCAAACAUACCUUACGUGAACAUAAUGAAAACUUUAAAUCGUAUACAGUUAGUCCCGUUUACCACAACAACUGACUUUCAGAAUGGUGAUCAUAUUACUGUUUGGAAAACAAAUAAAAAACUGACUACAGAAUUAAAAAAUGUCGCUUUACCUAGCGUGAGGUAUUUAAAUGUUCCACUUACCGAUGACUUUGAAGCUCGUGUCAAAUUGUUAAUUCCACCGAUUGUUGAUACUUCAUCGGGCAAUAAAUAUCCGUUAUUAAUUUACGCUUACGGUGGUCCCACGUUUAAUGUGGCAUUGGACAAGUUCGAUGUUGAUCUGAACAUGUAUUUAAGUAUAAACCAUGACAUUGUUGUGGCUGAAGUCGAUGGCCGUGGAACAGGACGAAGAGGUAGUAAUACAUUAUUUGCAAAUUAUAAGAAAUUGGGUUCAACUGAAAUAUAUGAUCAAACCAUUAUCGCAAAAUUUCUAUCAAGCAAUCUGUCGUUCGUUGACAAAAAUAAAGUUGGAAUUUGGGGAUGGAGUUUUGGCGGUUACGUUGCCGGUAUGGCUUUAGCCAAGGAUGUCGAGGAAAUAUUUAAAUGCGCAUUGUCUGUAGCACCUGUCACGGACUGGAUAUAUUAUGACUCAAUAUAUACCGAACGGCUUAUGGAUACAUACAACGAAAAUUUCGAGAGUUAUCGAAAUGCUAGUUUGAUAGAAAAUUCUGACGGUUUACGUAACAAAAAAUAUAUGGUUAUUCAUGGACUUGCUGACAUUAAUGUUCAUUUUCAACACUCCGCGAUGUUAUCCAAAGAACUACAACAUAAUGCCAUAACAUUUCAACAGCAAUUUUACCCUGACGAAACUCAUUCAUUAUCAAACGUGAGCAAUCAACUUUAUCGUACAAUUAUUUUAUUUAUUUUAAGAUUUUUAGUAUAAAGUGUAAUUUGAUGAAUCAAUAUCCUUAAAAGUUGUCAUAUUAUAAGAAAAUAAUAUUAUUUAACUAUGUUCAUUGUACGUUUUUUAUUUUAUGUUGUGUAGUAUCAA